AUGGAUCCAAUUUACGACAUGCCGUUUGAUUUAGGUAUGUGUAUUUUAUUGUUUAUAGUUUUUAUAUUUUGAUUUUUAACGAUCUCGUCACAUUCUCAUCCAACUAUUUUUAUUAUAUACUUUUAAUUUUUAGUUUCGGUUUUCAUUAAUACUAAUGUACUAUUAUUUGUUGAAUUGUGCUGAAUGUGAAAUCAUGUUUAAACACAAAUUUAACCACUGGUUAUAUAUUAGUGCUGAACAGACAUUGUAAAAGCGUGUGUUUCGAGAUCUUAUGUCUCUGCACUACAUUUGCCCAACUCAAACAUAGUUUUACAAUUAUAAGUUAUUAUUCUUUAGGUUGGAAACGCGAAGUAGUCCAUAGGAAAAAAAAACCUAGAAUUGAUAUCUAUUACUAUGCGCCGGAUAGAAAGAAGCUAAGAUCGAUACGGGAAGUCCAUGAAUACUUAGACCCUAGAUCCCCAUUAAAAAUACAUCAUUUUACGUUUGCCCAAAAAGCAUUAGGUUUGGAUCCUGAGAAGGAAAUAAUUAGAAAUGCCAGAAAUCCUGGUGUUCCUAACGAAGCUAUAAAUAUAAUCGAAGAACAAGCUGUAGGGUUAGAUAUCGAGGAACAAAAUCCAAUUGAUAUACAACCAGUAAGACAUGUUAUUGAAAAAUUUUAUUGAACAUUAAUAAUUUUUGUUUCUAUAUAUUGUAUUGUGUUUUUAGGCAGUUGUAAGAAAUCCUGAUGUUCCUGACGAUGCUAUAAAUAUAAUCGAAGAACAAGCUGUAGAGUUAGAUAUCGAGGAACAAAAUCUAAUUGAUAUACAACCAGUAAGACAUUUUAUUGAAUGCUAUUGAUAUUUAUUUAUAUAUAUUGUAAUGUGUUUUUAGGCGGUUGUAAGAAAUCCUGGUGUCCCUGACAAUGCAAUAAAUAUAAUCGAAGAACCAGCUGUAGGGUUAGAUAUCGAGGAACAAAAUCCAAUUGAUAUACAACCAGUAAGACAUGUUAUUGAACAUUUUAUUGAAUGCUAUUAAUUAUUAUUUAUAUAUAUAUAUAUUGUAAUGUUUUUUUAGGCAGUUGUAAGAAAUCCUGGUGUCCCUGACGGUGCUAUAAAUAUAAUCGAAGAACAAGCUGUAGUGUUAGAUUUUGAGGAACAAAAUCCAAUUGAUAUACAACCAGCAAGACAUGUUAUUGAACAUUUUAUUGAAUGCUAUUAA